GCGGCGGAUGGAGCCAUCGCCAAGCUCCAGGCCAAGCUCGACGAGGCGCACGGCCUCGUCUCGGCGCUGGAGGAGGAUGCCGAAGCUUUCUUUCUCGGAGGGCAAGGAGGCCGCUGCGAUGAGUUGCGACGUCGUCUUCGGCUGAUCGUGCCUGUCCUGGCAGCUGGCCUCGCAGGGGUGCGGGCCCCUGGCACCGCCAGAGCCAAGCGCAACCUGGCGUCGCACGCCUUCGACGUCCCCGUGGCGGUCAUCGAGGGCGCCUCGCAGACGGCGCUCAACAGGCUCCAGCGCGAGGGUCUGGCGGCCAUAGAGACCACGGCAGCGCCCUCGGCUCUCUGCAACGAC